AGUUUUCAAAAAUAUCCAAAAACUUUUCAAAUAAUUGAGGUCUUAACUUUGUGUCGACUGAGUAAUACAACCCUUCGUCGUCGUGCUGUGUGAAAAACUUUUGGUCGCUUCAUUGCAUUUGUUGUGUGGAGUACGUAGAACUAUUUCCGUAUCUGAAGGAGCCCGUCAUUGAGAACACAACCAUACCCGAGUACACCAUGUGUCACAGUCACUUUAAACGGAAUGUUUUACUUAAUUAUGCCCCAGAAGAACUGAAUGAAAUUGUUUCACGCUUGGAUGCUGACAACGCCGACGACGAAAAGGAAACGGCUAUGGUUGAUGAGCGUGGUGGACAUCAGCAGAAGCAGCAGCAAAAUAAACCGCUCCAGCUAUAUUCAAAGUCCCAGCAGCAGCCACAUCAACAGCUACAACUACAGGAGAAGCUCUUCAGUGGUGGAAGGAUUUAUGGAUUGCGGGUGAUAUUUAAGCCAGCAUCGUUGAGACGGGAUGAGUCUGUUCCUGUGCACAUCCGUGGCGAGUACGCCUUUCUGGACCGAGCUAAUUUUGAAAAUGACGGCCGUCUGAUACCGGGAACGUAUUGUGAUUACUACUUUUUCGCCGACGAGGAGCAGAAAACCGUGACUAACGAGACAAAUGACGUGUGGAAAUAUUUCCAUUCGCCGCGAUAUCCUGCCAACUAUGCCGCCCACAUUCAGUGCACGUAUAAAUUUAUUGGAAGACCCGAAACGAGAGUUGAGGUUGUAUUUACUGAACUGAUCAUGCCAAAAAAUCAAGAAAAUUGCAAUUUGGACAAAGUUACCAUCUACGAUGCAGAGUCGCCCAACGUAUCCUCAAUCAUCGAUGUAAUCUGCGAAACAGUACACAACAAAAGAAUCUUCAGUAAUGGUCCAGAUCUUCUCAUCGAAUUCAACGCGAGCUCCAACCAAACCGCCAAAGGAUUUCGUGGUAAAUUUAAGUUUGUCGAUGCGAUUAAAUUGAAAAGGAACAAAACAGCAUCGUGGGUAAUUGCAAACCCCAAGCUAAACGAAGUUCUCUUUCAAGAGUCACAUCGCACAAUACUGACCAACACCAACAACAUGGCCACCACCAACACCGGAAGUGGUUCAAGUUCAUUGCUACUGGUCAAUCCACUGGCACUGGUACCUAUAAGUUGAGCUGGCACGUGAAAGACAUUAUAAAGAAAAAGAAGAAGAAGAAGAAGAAGAUGAAGAAGAAGAAGAAGAAGAAGAAGAAGAAGAAGAAGAAGAAGAAGAAGAAGAAGAAGAAGAAGAA